AUGACUGCCCUCGUUGCGGAGGGUGUGUUUGGCCGAUGCGUGCCCCCGGAGUCAAAGUACGCCAUUACAACGAACUUGCGGGGAUGGGACAAUGCGGUCAAGUUGCGGGAGGGAGACAAGGGCGUCAUGUCACAGAUUGUGCACAUUUAUCCACGCUUCGGUCCAUUCCAGGAUGUCAAGCUCUUGUUCGGGGCUCUCGCUGGGAAGCUACACCUUGCCGAGGGUCUGUCGCUGUUGGCUUUCACUGACCCUGGUGUCUUUCAAAUGAUUGCCAAGCAUGUGACCAGUCCUCACCGUCGUGAGCCCAUCGUCUCGCUGGAAGAACUGCAGCUUCAUGUUGUCGACGUGGCUGGCAUCCGGCUGUAUGUCGUUGCAUUUCCUGCGGCAAAGACAUCUGGUGUCAUAGGUGCCUGGAUGAAUCCUGGCAUAGGACUGUCCAUCCGCUUGUCGGAAUAUCUUCUCUCACAAAUCGACACAUUCACACUGGUCAAGUCGGUGUCCACUACUGAAGCUCCUCCGCAAGGAACGUUCCUCCCCGAAACAGCAGAUCACGCGAAAUUGAGGGAGCGGAUCUCUGGGCUCCUUCACAGGGCUUCCGUCGACCCUGAGAAGAUCAGGGUCACUCUCGACGAUAUUUACCUCUACCCAACAGGAAUGGCCGCCAUCUACACAACGCACAGUCAGUUAGUCGCACACCGCCCCGGCACCGUCGUCAUUCUUGGCAUUACCUUUCCCAGCACGAUUCAGUUGCUUUUGGAGACCUCGCCACACGGCUACAAGCACUUCGGUCCUGUAGACUCCGCUGGCCUCGACGUGUUCGAAUCUUGGCUGGAGGAGGAGGCUGCUCAGGGCCGGGACGUGACGUACGUCCUCGUCGAGUUUCCCUCCAACCCCCUCCUCGCCAGCGUCGACCUGCGCCGCAUCCAGGUCUUGUCGCGGAAGUUCGGUUUCUUCUUCGUGAUUGACGAGACAGUCGGAUCCUUUGCCAAUAUCGAUGUUCUUCCUUACUGCGAUUUGAUCGUCACAAGCCUUGCAAAGACCUUUUCCGGCUACGCGAACGUCAUGGGGGGCUCGGCGGCACUGAACCCCCUGGCACCGCGGCACGCCGAGCUGAGGAAGCUCUGGGACACGCACUCCCACAACGAAGUCUUCCGUGAUGACGCCGCGGUGCUGCUCGCCAACUCGGAUUCCUAUCUUGAGCGGACGGCCGUGCAUAAUACCAAUGCGGGAAUCAUGGCCGCGUAUCUCGCGGCACAGACGCGGGAUCUCGACCCGUCCUCGCCGAUUCUUCGCGUGCGGUAUCCGACGCAGAUGGCCGACUACAAUAUAUUUGCGUCAUUCUUGCGCCGGCCGACGGAGGAGCUGCCUGAGCCGGGAGGCGGAUGUCUUCUCACAGUGGACUUUACGAACACUGUGGCCGCCAAGGCUUUCUAUGAGGCGCUGCAGUUCUAUCACGGCCCACAUCUUGGAGCGCCGAAGACGCUGGCGCUGUGCUAUGUGGAGCUCGUGUUUAACAGGAAUCCGGAGGAUGCAGAGUAUCAUCGAGGAUAUGGUCUGCUGCGGGAGAGUGUCAGGAUCUCGGCGGGCUUGGAGGCGGCGGGGGAUCUGGUGAAGACACUCGAGGCGGCGUUGGACGCUGCGAGGAAGGCCAACACGUUUAAAAUACCAGCACGACUUUUUAGGCAAUCCUGCCAGAACUGCGGCUCACUGUCAAGCUCAGAUACUGAGCUUGUCAUUGCCAUGCUGAAAAGUCCCAGGGAAGAACCCCAGGAAAAUUGUGUUAGGCUCGAAUUCGGAGAUUUUGUGAAGAGUAAUGUCCAACUUCGAUAUCUAGAAUUCUGGCCAUGGCGAGGCGACGGCGAUGACCAGGGCAGCCUCAAGAAGAACGACUCGCUGCUGCCCACGUCCAACUACACGCCCAAGAUCACCGGGGCGUCCCACGAUGGCGGCUUCGAGAAGGAAGCCCCGGCGCGACCAGCCUACAACCGCACCACGUCUGCGCAGUCAAGAAGCGUUGCCGAACAGUACUCGUUCAUGACCCCGGCCGAAACUGCCUCUCGACUGCAGACCUCCCUCACACAUGGCCUGGCGCCGGCGUCCGCCUCAGGUCGCCUCCACGACUACGGGCCGAACGAGAUUCCUCACGAUGCGCCCGAACCAUUAUGGCUGCGCUUCGUCAAGCAGUUUCAGGAGCCGCUGAUCGUCCUGCUUCUCGUCUCGGCUGGCGCUUCGAUUUUCCUCGGCAACACUGAUGACGCCGUCAGCAUCACCGUUGCCGUCACCAUUGUGGUCACCGUCGGUUUCGUACAGGAGUAUCGGUCUGAAAAGUCGAUCGAGGCCCUCAGCGGUCUCGUCCCCAACCACGCCCACCUCAUCCGCGGCGAGCAAAAGGGGCCUUCGUCCGGCUCCUGGCCCGUUGGUUCCACGAACGCCAAAGUCGAGGGAGCGCCCACCGAUACGGCCACGGCGAUCGAGGAGGCAUUGGAGGUGGCUUCUUCCAAGGUCAUGGCUGCGCAGCUCGUCCCCGGCGACCUGGUCCUCUUCACUACGGGUGAUCGCAUCCCCGCCGAUAUCCGCGUGACCAAGGCUGCUGAUCUGACCAUUGACGCUUCCAACCUCACUGGCGAGAACGAGCCGGUAAGGGUCACAGCCAACGCGCGCACACGCCCUACACCGACGACACACCUCGGCGGCAGCAACAAGCUCGAACCGCCGAGCCCCGCUGGGUCGGCCGUCUCGUCGAACAGGGACGGCGGGGAUGAUGGCGAGCACAAUGUCGCGUACAUGGGCACUCUCGUCAAAUCGGGCUACGGCCAGGGCAUCGUGUUCGCGACAGGCGGCAACACACACUUUGGUACCAUCGCGACGAGUGUGUCCGGGACGGAAAGCCCCCGUUCGCCUCUGCAGCUGUCGAUGGACGACCUGGGCUCGCAGCUCAGCAAGGUGUCCUUUGUCAUUAUUGGCAUGAUCUCGUUCGUGGGCUGGCUGCAGGGAAAGAAGUUGCUUGAGAUCUUCCAAAUCUCCAUCUCGCUGGCUGUCGCAGCCAUUCCCGAGGGACUGCCCAUCAUUGUGACCGUCACCCUUGCCCUCGGCGUGCACCGCAUGGCGGGACACCACGCCAUCGUGCGCAAGAUGCCAAAAGUUGAGACUCUGGGUUCGGUGAACGUUGUUUGCACCGAUAAGACAGGCACUCUUACUAUGAACCACAUGACCAUCACUAAGAUGUGGUGUUUCGGCUCCAUCGAGGCUUUUGAUGUUGACUCGGAUGACGAGGCCACCGAGACAAAGCCCGACGCCGCAACGCUGCGCAUUCUUCGCAUUGGCAACAUUGCAAACAACGGCCGUCUCGCCCGCCAGUACACUGAAAAUGGUGCGGCUGCCCGGGCUGUGCUCUCCUCUACGCAAGGCGGCGACAACCCUUCCACGUACACCCGGUGGACCGGCCAGCCUACGGAUGUGGCCAUGCUGGAUCUGCUUGAUCGUUUCAAGGAACACGAUGUGCGCGAGUCGAUUGGUACACGCAUCGGCGAGGUUCCCUUCAGCUCGGAGAGAAAGUGGAUGGGCGUCACGAUUGGAGGCGAAGGAAAGAACGACAAGGACUUUUCGUACAUGAAGGGCUCCAUCGACCGAGUUCUCGAGGCUUGCGACACGUAUCUCACGAGGGACGGACGGGAGGUCGUGCUCGACGCUACGCGCCGAAAGGAGGCACUCGAUGCCGCGGAGGACAUGGCUUCCCGCGGUCUGCGAGUUCUGGCCUUUGCCAGUGGUGCCGUCAGGUCAAACAAGAACAAGCCGGCCUCCAACGGCUCGUACUUUGCUGGCCCCGACGACAACUACAAGGGACUGACGUUUGCCGGGCUCGUCGGCAUGAGCGACCCGCCCAGGCCUGGUGUUGGCAAGUCGAUCAGGCGUCUGAUGCGCGGUGGUGUCAAGGUCGUCAUGAUCACCGGUGACGCCGAGACGACGGCCGCUGCCAUCGGCAGGCAGCUCGGUAUGCCGGUUCCGCACGCAGUCGAACACGGCUCGAGCCAGUCCACCGUGCGCCCCGUCCUCAGGGGAGACGAGAUCGAGGCCAUGUCGGAGGAGGAGCUUGCGCAGGCCAUGCAGCACACCAACAUCUUUGCCCGCACAAACCCCGAUCACAAGCUGAAGAUUAUCCGCGCGUUUCAGUCUCGCGGCAAUAUUGUCGCCAUGACAGGCGACGGCGUCAACGAUGCGCCGGCGCUGAAGAAGGCCGACAUUGGAAUUUCCAUGGGUCUGCAUGGUACGGAUGUCGCCAAGGAAGCAGCGGACAUGAUUCUCACAGAUGACGACUUCUCGACGAUCCUUCGAGCGAUCGAGGAGGGCAAGGGCAUCUUCAACAACAUCCAAAACUUCCUGACCUUCCAGCUGAGCACGAGUGCCGCCAGUCUGUCGCUCGUCUUCUUCUGCACCCUGCUGGGACACCCGUCGCCUCUGAAUGCGAUGCAGAUUCUUUGGAUCAACAUCAUCAUGGACGGCCCUCCCGCGCAAUCACUCGGUGUCGAGAAGGUUGACAAGGACGUCAUGAACCGUCCGCCGAGGAAACGGGGCGACGCCGUCCUCACCCGUACUGUGCUCUCCCGCGUCAUGACCUCAGCGGCUAUCAUCAUGACGGGCACCAUGCUCGUCUACCGCCACGAGAUGCUGUCGGAUGGCGAGGUCUCGCGCCGCGACACGACCAUGACGUUUACGUGCUUUGUCCUCUUCGACAUGUUCAACGCCCUGUCGUGCCGCUCCGAGUCCAAGUCGAUUCUCCGUGGCGAGAUUGGUCUGUUCUCCAACGUGCUCUUCAACUGGGCUGUGGCGCUCAGUCUCGUGGGCCAGCUGCUCGUCAUCUAUUUCCCUUGGCUGCAGGAGGUGUUCCAGACGGAGGCCUUGGGCUUCUUUGACUUGGUGAGGCUCGUUGUGCUCUGCAGCACGGUGUUCUGGGCAGAUGAAUUUAGGAAAUAUUGGAAGUACGCUCGGCGAAGGAUAGGGGGCGGGUACAGCCAGGCGGUAAGCUAUGCACGUACGAGCCCGCUCACGCCAAUGUCCGUCUCUACGAACGGCGUGCCCCCUGCCCGCCUCAACAGCUUCAGCGUCAGCAACAGUAGCAACAACCAUGGCAUCCCAACAACUCCCCUCCUCCCGAACCACAACGGUCCAGCAACAGCAGCAGCAGCCGCCGGCGCCACUGUCGCUACCGGCACGACGCAGCCUUCCAUAGAUGCCGCCUCGACAGCCGCCGAGGUGCGCGCCGCCCUGUCGAUCCUCCACGCCCGCGAGUCCAGCAUCACGUCCCGCCUCCACACGCUCCUGGGCUCCCAGGCCGACCUAGCCCGCGAGCUGGGCCGGCUCGACCUGCUGCGGGCGUCUCUCGGCGCGCAGGUGAUCGCCGCCCGCGGCGUGGGCAACAAGAUGCUGGCGUCGGCGGCCGAGACGGCGGGCGGGCUCUCGCGCCGGGUGCGGACGCUCGACCUCGAAAAGGGCCGCGUCGAGGCGACGCUCGAGGUGGUGCGGCAGGUCGCCGAGCUGCGGGCCUGCGUGCUCGGCGUCGUCGGCAGCAUGGGCGCGCCGCAGGACUGGGAGGCCGCCGCCGGCUACCUCGCGCGCGCGGCCCUCGUGCCCGAGGCCAUCACGCGCGGCCGCUUCGCCGCCGAGAUUGUGCCGACCGUCGAGGUGCCCGACGCGCCGUGGGUCACGCUCGAGGACGCCCGCGCCAGCCUCUGCGGCCUGUUCCUGCGCGAGUUUGAGAGGGCCGCCGCCGAGGGCGACGGCGCCAAGGUCACGCGCUUCUUCAAGCUGUUCCCCCUCAUCGGCAGGACCGACGUCGGCCUCGACGUCUACGGCCGCUACGUCUGCCAGGGCGUCGCCGGCACGGCGCGGUCCGUGUUGAAGGAGGGGCCGGGCGCGUCGUCGGCCAAGAGGGAUGGGUUCUUCUACGCCAACGCGCUGACGAGGCUGUUUGACCACAUUGCGAGGAUCGUCGACGGACACGGCGGACUUGUCGAGAGGCACUACGGGUCGGGCAAGAUGGUACGCGUCAUUGAGAGGCUGCAGCAGGAGGCCGAUGUCCAGGGUGGCAUCAUUCUGGAUUCGUGGGCGGACGAGCGGGACGUCGUGCGGCGGAUCAAGGAUGUCAAGAGUUAUCCCUUCUCGUUCCUCGUGCAGAGCUUCCUGCCACCGCAACGAGGCGGGACGCCGCGGGUCAACUCGCCAGCGACGGGCCUGGGCUCUACGAACCAGCGGCAGAGCGAGGAUGAGGGCGUCAACAUGAAGGAGGUCGACGGCGUGCUCAGCGAGAUUGCUGUCAUGCUCGGGCGAUGGUCCUUGUACGCCCGCUUCCUGGCUGGCAAGGCCAGGGACCCUGAAACCCCCGAGGAAGCCGACCUUGUGAUGCCCGACUUGCUCACGAAAUCCAACCUCAGCCGAAAAGUGGCAGACAAGCUGACGACGCCCUACAAUACCAUGAUGACCUUUUUCUUCCGGCGGUCCGUCGAGAAGGCCUUCCAGCUGGACGAGCAACCCGCGGGCCUGUCCCUCAACCUGAGCAAGCCGAUCGACACGAAUUCGCCCAACAUCAUAUCCGCGGUGGACGACGUCAUGUACGUUGUCAGCGCCGUGCUUCAAAAGUCCGUCUCCACAUUUCAAAGAGGCGUGGUCACAUCGGUGGUGUCAGCCAUCGAACGUGUUCUCACUGCCGAUUUCGUCGGCAUGGUCCAGCGCAAGAUGCGCGACGAGUCGUUCCCCAAGCCGCUCGUCUCCGGUGGUUUCCCGCCAGAGGACAAGAUCAUCCAGUUCAUCGUGCUCAUCAACAGUCUCGACACGGCCAACGAGUACCUCACGCGCAUCAUCCACAGCAAGACGGGCGGCUCUGAGGCCGCCCUCGGCACGACGACAGGCGAGGGCUCCCUCCGAGAGUCCUUUCCGUUUGAGCGGGACGCCACCUUUGUGGCAUCCAGCCUCGAGACGCUGCUCGCCAACUUCACGGCCAAGACGACCGAACUGAUGAACGAAGGCCUCCAGGUGCUCUUCAACCAGGUCGUCAAGCCCCGCCUGCGGCCCGUCUUCAGCGACACGUUCCGCGACACGGACUAUUCGUUCACGGAGGACGAGCUCGCCGAGUACGCGGAGCAGGUGGGCGAGAGCGAGGAGCAGGUCCUCGAGCAGGUGCCGCGCCGGUUCGAGCACGGCUGGGACCAGCUCAUGAAGCCCGUCGCGCGGCUCAUGACGCCGCACACGUUCACGACGGUGCAUGACAUCACGGCGCGGUACCUCGCGAGGGUCCUCGAGCAGCGGGCGUGGAAGAGCCGGGCCAGCGCGUUUGGCGUCAUCCGCAUGGAGCGCGACUUUUCGAGCAUCGUCGGCACGGUGGCCAGGGGCAACUACGGCGUGCGGGAGCUCUUUGCGCGGUCGUCGCAGAUUCUCAUGGUGGCCAACAUGGAGGACGAGGAGUGGCGGGAGAUGGCUGCGGCGGACGACGACGACGAGGACGGCAUGAUCUGGGUGUUGACCGAGGAGGAGAGGAGGCGGGCGAGAAAUCUCAUCCGGGAGGGAUAA